UUCGCGCAGCGGAAAUUCAAAAACACCACAUGGAUUCCACUUCCUGUUAGUUUUUCUGUUAUGGUGCUGGCAAUAAAACAUUGAUUUCAGCAGUUUGUGAGCAUUGACUAAGACACUUCAACAGAACAUGACCGCUUUAAGUCCAGAGGACCCUUGCUCUUUUUCAAGGCCAGAUGAAUGUAAAGUAACCAAUCUUGACCUGAUUCUAGAAGUAGAUUUUGAUUCCAGAAAAUUAUGUGGGUACGUCGACUUGUCAGUACAGAGGAUGAAGGAUGGCGUUCAGAACCUGAUUCUGGAUACAAGAGAUGUGUCUAUCCAAAAGAUCACUGACGCUGACAACUGCCAGGAGUUGAAGUAUACACUUGGAGAGAACACAGGGAGCUUUGGAUCUAAGUUAGAGGUCCAGCUUCCAGUGUCCUCGUCUACCAGCAACAAAGUACGAGUGCACUAUGAGACCUCCCCACAAUGCACUGCUCUACAAUGGCUGAGACCAGAACAGACUGCAGGGAAAAGGCAACCUUAUUUGUUCAGUCAGUGCCAGGCAAUUCAUGCCAGAAGUAUGGUACCAUGUCAAGACACACCUGCCAUUAAAGUUCCAUAUACAGCUAAGGUGACAGCCCCAAGGGACAUAACUAUUCUGAUGAGUGCAGUAAGGUUAGAGCCAGAGCCACACCCCUCAGACAGCUGUAAACUGAUUCACCAGUUUGAACAGAAAGUUCCCAUCCCCACAUAUCUCAUUGCCAUUGUAGGAGGAGAUCUUGAGUCAAGAACAAUUGGUCCAAGAUCCAAAGUGUGGACAGAGAAAGAAAUGGUAGAAGAGGCUGCCAAAGAAUUCUCAGAGACAGAGAAGAUGAUACAGACCGCUGAAGCAUUACUGGGUCCCUACAUCUGGGGUCAGUAUGACCUUCUUGUACUGCCCCCAUCCUUUCCUUACGGAGGAAUGGAAAAUCCCUGUUUGACUUUCGUUACCCCAACACUUCUGGCAGGAGACAAAUCACUGGCUGAUGUUGUGGCUCACGAGAUUUCUCACAGCUGGACUGGAAAUCUCGUCACCAACAGAAAUUGGGAACACUUCUGGUUAAAUGAAGGUCACACCAUGUUUGUGGAGAGAAAGAUCACAGCAAGGUUACAUGACAAUGAGGCAUUUCGUCAGUUCCUGGCAAUGGGAGGGGCAAAAGAAUUGGAGGAAGAAAUUGAAGUAGUGUUGAAGAAUGGUCCCUACACACGACUGAUCCCAGAUCUUAAGGGAGUGGAUCCAGACGACGCCUUCUCCAUUGUUCCCUACGAGAAAGGCUUUACCCUGCUGUUCUAUCUGGAGACCCUGCUGGGGGGACCAGCUGUGUUUGAAAAAUUUCUGAAAGCCUAUGUCGAGAAGUUUAAACAGCAAUCUAUAGACUCCAACCAAUGGAAGGAUUUCCUGUACUCCUAUUUCACUGACAAGAGAGAAGUGUUAGACAGUGUGGAAUGGGAUAAAUGGUUUUAUGAUCAGGGAAUGCCACUGGUCAUACCAAAGUAUGAUGACAGUCUAGAGGUCCCCUGUAAACAGCUGUCCCAGAGGUGGUCAUCAGCCAGUGAGAAUGAAUUGGACCAAUUUAACCCCGGUGACCUUACCUCUUUGACCUCUGUACAGGUCAGAGAAUUCCUAGCUCUUCUGGUGGAGGAGCCACCAUUAUCACUUACCAAAGUGUUGAAGAUGGAGGAACUGUAUAAUUUGAAUGCUGUCAGGAAUUCAGAAGUCAGAUUUCGCUGGCUGAGGUUGUGUAUCAAGGCCCAGUGGAGAGAUGCUAUUCCUAGAGUGCUAGACUUUGUAAAUGAACAAGGACGGAUGAAAUUUGUCAGACCUCUGUACAGGGACCUGUAUGGUUGGGAAGAAGCUAGACCAAUAGCCAUACAGAACUUCCAGACUCACAAAGGGGAGAUGCACAACACAACAGCGACCAUGCUGGCAAAGGAUCUCAAACUUACUUAGACUGUGAUGAGGACUUCAUUUCUCAGCUGUUUGUGUAUAUUUUGGUUGUUUGACUGUCAGUGCUGCUUUAGUAGCUUACAUAUCAAGGACUUGCCACUUAUACCUGUAAAUUAUUGAUCAAGAAUCUCUAUUUGUUUUAAAUGAUUUUACAGAAAGUACAAUCAAGAAAUUGUACAGGAGUUACAAUUAGAAUUUUUGGAAUAAAAAAGUGUUUGACCACAAAUGAAUGGGAGUGCAAUUGAUA